UAAGCUCAUCUGUGAUCAGAUGUACACACCUUACCUCCAAUCCUAGGCCAUAACAGGGAAACACUUGAUGCUGUUCUCAGGUCAGUGACAAAGUACAACCGAUGCAACAGCAUUUAUUACUCCUCCAGCGCCAACCAACACCUCGCCUAUUCCCAAGUUCUCCAGUUUCCAGUCACAACGCGUCAAGAGCGACAAAACUAGGAGGAAAAAAAAGACAAUAUUUACAAAAUGCCGUCUAGUAAGAAGCUGCUGCAUUUCUUGUCUAGUGCUUUUCUCUGUGGUGCUGGAGUGGCCGUGUUGGGUUAUGGGAUGUCGACGAACUGGGCCUCGGCCUCUUUGGAAUGUGCACCACUCGACAGUAAAGAAUUCAAUGGUUCCUCCCAUCUCGAAAUCGGACUUUUCAAUGGCACGGAGUCCAAAUUCAAGUGUCCCAGGAUUGACAAACUUGGACAAAAUGUUAAGGUGUUUGAUCGUCUGGCCAAAUUAUCAGGAGCUCCGGUUAUUCUGCACGGUCUGGUGGUGAUUCUGUUAGCUCUGGCUCUUCUGGGCUCUGCGGGCAGUAUUCUGGUCACACUGUAUAACAGCUUCAGUAAUCCAUAUCAGACCUACAUGGGACCAGUUGGGCUUUACACAUGCAGUGGGCUUAGUGUCUGUGCAUCCGCUCUGUCGCUGAUUUUCUACGUGUCGAACGCGUAUGCGGGUGAGAUGUUCGAGACUCUGGUAAAAGCCGACGAGGCCAACGUAAUGCUGCGAAAAAAUGAAAUUACCUUGCAUUUGGGUUUCUUUCUCCUGAUCCCGUACAUCUGUGUAAACUUGCUGGCUAUCCUUGUGGUCUAUUUGUACGUCCACGCCAUGUACACACGCCGCAAAGAGCAGGAGAAACCAACAGAGGACGCGCCCAUAGACAUCAUGCUCUUCUAAAGUCAGAAAACAGCACAGGAGCUGAAAUGAGUCCAUUAUUCUCAAACGGUAACAUUAAUGUGAACUGCAGAACUGAUCUCACGAGAAAACGUAAGUAUUUUACGUUUUGGCAGUUUAGUGGCUAAUUCGUACGAAUUCGUACGA